AUGAUGAAGAGGAGGAGGAGGAGGAAGGUGCAGCGCUGCGUCCUCUGACCCGGCUCGGUCUGGAUGGAGGAAGUGGUUCUUCACUACGCUGCUGGAUCAGGAUCAGCUGAUGGUCUCUCUGCUCUGUUAGAGACCACAGAGAAGCUUCUGGAGCCGUUCCCCUGCCGGCCCCCUCCCCUCUUCACCCGCUGGUUCCCCCCCGCUGCAGGACGCCCCCUCCCCAUCAGACCCGCCAAACCUCCUCCUGUCAUCAGCGCCUCAGGUCUGACCCUCGACCCCCCCAUCAGACCCGCCAAACCUCCUCCUGUCAUCAGCGCCUCGGGUCAGACCCUCGCCCCCCCUCUCAGCCGGCAGCAGGGGGGCACCGCACCGCUCCAGAAACCCAGAGAAGAGCUGAGCAGAGAGGACAGAGACAGCAUGUCACAGACUCCCAGUCCUGCGUCCCUCUUUAGGAGCAGACCGGCCCCUGACAGAGUCCUGGUCCUGGAUUCUCCGGUGAGACGGUCUUGGAGCGUUUCCUCUCACAGACCUGCAGCGCUGCGACGAUCACAGCCGCCAUCCAAACACUUUGAUCACAUGAUCACCGUCCAUAAACUCAACCUGAGACAGAGAGCCAAGUGGACCAUCAGCCAGGACCACUGUGACACCAGCAUGGAGCAGGUGUGGCGUUCACUGACCCGUCUGCUCCGGAGCAGCAGGCUGCCGUCCUGUAACGCUAACAUCCAGCGGGAUCGGGGGCAGAUCUGUGUUUUCUGUGACGUGGUGAACUCUGAGCAGGUGGGACGCUUCCUGAAGGACGAGCUGAAGCUGACGGGGAAGAUCAGACUGUCUGUCCACAGGCUGGGAAACGUCUUCAGCUUAUAGACACACACACACACAC